AUGGAGGCCGAGUAUAGAGCCCUUACCGCGACAGCGCAGGAGAUAACGUGGCUUUCUGCUCUCCUCGGAGACCUUGGUAUUCCACAGACAAAAUCAACUCUGCUUCAAUGCGACAAUCUGUCCGCCGUGUAUCUCAGCGCUAAUCCAGCUCUUCACAAUCAAUUGAAGCACUUUGAUACGGACUGGCACUACAUUCGCGAGCAAGUGGCUCUUGGGCUCAUAGAAACAAAGCACAUUCCGGCUAAGGAGCAGCUCGAGGACAUUUUUACGAAACCUCUCACUCGGCGACCGUUCAGUGAACUGAGAGACAAACUCCGAGUCGGAAAGUUUCCCACCUCGAGUUUGAGGGGGGAGGUGAGUCAACAAGGCCCAGGUACACCAAGCCCAGUGAAGGAGAAGCCCAUAAACUAUAUUCAGAAGAAGACAAGAGUGAAAACUGUCUCGGAAAAGAAGGAGAAAGAGCCGUUAGAGCUUAUCAACAAGUUUACCAUACUUGGUACUCUUAACCAUGGUUAA